UGCACUCCAAUUUGGUCACAUAAACAUGAGGAUACCGUCACCUUAGGGCGCACCGCAGUAACUUUUUUGCAACUAUUUCCACUGUGCCCACGCGAGUCGACGAGCCAUCUCACCCGUGCCAGUCGGACCUGUAUGGCCCCAUCGAUCGCCAUGUCAGCUUUGACCGCUGGUUUGAAAACCGAAGACCUCCCUCCCCGCUCGGUUCUCGUCAGCAGAGGCGAGAUGCAGACCAGCCUGAGUCCCGCAGAGGAGACCGUGAAGCCCAAAGUUGCUAUUUUGCCCUUCAGCGUCGAGGCGCUGAUGGCUGAUAGGAAACCCAGCAGAGAGGUCGCAUCUCCGGAUGCCCCGUCCGUGCCCGGGACGUCUCAUGCGCUGGGAAAGGGCGUCAGGAUGGGCUCUUUCGGUAGUCUGGAUACUUCAGUUCCUGCUUUACCCAUGAGCUCCUCGUUUUCUGUGGGCGACAUCAUGAAUAUGCCAGAAGACGUGUUGAUUAAACCCGAGAGCCCGGACAGUAAUGAGAGGACUUCGUGGCUGCAGAGUCCUCGUUUCUCUCCCACACCUCCACGAAGGUUGAGUCCUCCUGCCUGUCCCCUGCGAAAACACAAGACGAACAGAAAGCCCCGGACUCCCUUCACCACGUCCCAGCUGCUCGCCCUGGAGAGGAAGUUCCGCCAGAAGCAGUACCUUUCCAUCGCCGAGCGCGCAGAGUUCUCCAGUUCCCUCAACUUGACGGAGACCCAGGUCAAAAUCUGGUUUCAGAACAGGAGAGCUAAAGCCAAGCGGCUCCAAGAGGCAGAACUUGAAAAACUGAAAAUGGCAGCUAAGCCCAUGCUGCCUCCGGCUUUCGGGAUUUCCUUUCCCCUCGGUGCGCACGUCCCCGCGUCUUACGCAGGGUCGCACCCGUUCCAGAGGCACUCGCUGCCGGUUUCCCCUGUGGGACUGUACGCCGCUCACGUCGGAUACAGUAUGUACCACCUCGCUUGACAGGGGCGAAGGACGAGGGGGCACGUGCAGUGGGACACAAGGGGGGGUUAGGCUACUUUUCUGAGGGCCACGAGCGAGAGAGAGGGGGGGCUCCUCGGACAGGUGAGGUGACACUAAAUACUAAAUAAAGAGGCAUCCUGGCGGUGAGCUCAGUGUUACAUCUUCUCAGGGGGCCAAGACCUCCAAACAGACCCCCUUCUGAGGACCUUGAAGUUUAUCCACUUCUCUUGACCUCGCCAGUAAGUUCACACACUGCAAAAAUAAUCCAGCUUUAUUAGUCAUUUAAUCUUAAAUCCUAAACAAUAAUGCCAAUCAGGAACGUAUUGAUGCAAAUCUUAUUUCAGAAAAUAAUUUGAAUGUGAGACUAAAUGACUUUAAGAUGGAGAUUUUUGCGGCACAGGGGUGGACACUAUUUAGUACUUGUAGGCCUGAGAUAUGUCACGAAUGGACAGUCAAGUAUGGACACUAGACUGCGUGCUAUAAUGUGUCAAAGAUAGCCCACUCCUCUACCUUCAGGCCGACUAAACCAGCUGGGUUGUCAUCCUGUCAGUGGGCUGCUGUCACACUGCAAAAUAACCCCUCAUUUUUUGCAUUCUUAUAAAUGCGUAACUACAGUGGGUUACUGAACCCAGUGUCAAUGAGUGCUCUUUGUGAAUUUGGAGAACCACAGCAUUUGGUUUUUUUUUCUUUUUAUAACAGCACUGUCUGUUGUUAGAAUGAUUCCCUUCGGAAGGGAUAUGUGUACUGUAAAAUAAUGUAUAUUUGAAGAAUAUCCUCAUUUAUAUUAUGAAUAUAUUUGUGACAUAACUUAACAAUAAAUUGUUUAUUCUUUUUCAUUAA